CCUGGAUCACUCUGCAUGUGAGUGAAGGAGCGCAAAACAGAAUAUAAUGGGGCAUUGCUUCUCCCGGAGCCACGAGGCGGAGCGGCGGUGGCCAAGACGUGCCGUCAGCCGCUCGCAAUCAGUGGGCGGAGGAAGGAACCCGUCGACGAGGAGGAAGGACGCCGCGUUGCAGGACAGCGAGCUCGCCGCUGCGGCGGUGGCAAUUCUCUUCCAACAGAAGUUGCAGAACAGCGGCGAUGGUUGCGGCGGCGGCCACGACUCGAGCUCCGAUCGUUCCGGAUUCGCUUCCUCGCGCCAGCUCUUGCGAUCCAGGAGGAAUCAGCAGCAGCUUCUUCGGAGCUUGAGCUCCACCGUUCGAUCCCUUGAUCUAUGUCCUCCCUCUCAACCGCUCAGUACGGAGGAUUUCUGUAUGGGUGAUGUGGAGACCAAUCAUUUCGUGCUCGUUCACGGCGGGGGUUUUGGGGCAUGGUGCUGGUAUAAAACCACUUCACUUCUGGAAGUUGCUGGGUUUAGGGUUACUGCACUUGAUCUAUGUGGCUCUGGAAUUCAUUCUUCUGAUACAAAUAGUGUUACUACUCUGUCACAGUAUGUCAAGCCACUUACUGAUUUUCUCGAGCAAUUAGCCGACGGGGAGAAGGUGAUAUUGGUUGGACAUGAUUCGGGCGGUGCUUGUAUAUCAUAUGCAAUGGAGGCUUUCUCCUCGAAGAUCUCUAGAGCUGUUUUCGUCGCUGCGGCUAUGUUGACCAGUGGGCAGAGUCUUCUUGAUAUGUUCUCCCAAAUUACCAAGCCAAACGACCUAAUGAGGCAAGCUCAAAAUUUUAUAUAUGGUGAUUGCAAGAAUAGCCAACCGACUGCAAUCGACCUCGACAAAUCACUCUUGAGGGACUUGUUAUUUAACCAGAGUCCUGCUAAGGAUGUUUCUUUGGCAUUAGUGUCAAUGCGACCAAUCCCCUUCUCCCCAAUCCUGGAGAAGCUAACAUUAUCGGAGGCGAAGUAUGGGUCAGUUAGACGGUUUUACAUUGAGACUCCAGAGGAUAAUGCCAUCCCCAUUGCUUCACAGCAGAUGGUGAUUGAACAAAACCCUCCAGAAAAAGUGUAUCAUCUCAAAGGUGCAGAUCACUCUCCAUUCUUCUCCAAGCCUCAAUCCCUCCACAAAAUAUUGGUGGAGAUCUCAAGAAUCCCUUCAAAAACUUCAUGAGAAUUCAGUGUUGGGUAGUCUUUGGCAUGCAAAGCAUAUCUCUUGGUUCUCAAAAGAACAAGAAAACAAGAAACUGGAAAUGACAGGUACAUCUGUACAGAUCCUGAUCAUUUGGUCUGAGUUGAGGUUGUUUUUAGAAGUUUAUUCAGAUAGAAUCUUCAAAUUUGCAUUGAUGAAAGGCCUUCAGGAUCUAUGGAGUGAUGUAAUAGAAAAAGAUGGGAUCAUAAAGAUCAUUGCGCGGAUGAAUACAAUUGUAUUCAUCUCUAAAAUCAUGAGUAUAAAUUAUAGCCGCCGAGGAGGUUUACCAGAAAAAUUGUGUGUGUUCGUCUUCGACUCUCUGUGUGUGUGUGUCGAGAUGCGAACGACAGUAGAGA